CUGGCCAGGCGGCGGGCGCUGGCGGCCAUGUCGCACUCGGGCCCGCCGGGGCUGGCCGCGCCGCUCACCAGCCGCUCCAGGGAUGGACAGGUGGAGCUACAGAUUCUGUGCCAGCCGGAGACGCAGCACAGAGCGAGAUAUCAGACUGAAGGCAGCCGAGGCGCUGUCAAAGACAACUCCGGGAAUGGUUUCCCAAUAGUCAAAUUAGUAGGAUACGAUAAACCAGCAGUUUUACAGGUGUUCAUAGGAACUGACACGGGCCGCGUAGCACCGCACAUGUUCUACCAGGCUUGCCGCGUGUCGGGCAAGAACUCCACGCCCUGCAAGGAGCGUAAGGAGGACGGCACCGUCGUCAUCGAGAUCGACCUGGAGCCCACGAAGAACUGGCAGGUCACCUGCGACUGCGUGGGCAUACUCAAGGAACGGAAUGUGGACGUGGAGCAUCGGUUCGGCGAGUCGCUGGGAGGGGGGGCGCACGUGUCCCGAGGGAAGAAGAAGUCUACUCGCUGCCGCAUGGUGUUCCGCACCGAAAUCGUGUCGGCGGCCGGCCAGCGGGAGACGCUGCAGGUCUGCUCCACGCAAAUCAUCUGCACUCAACCGCCAGGGGUACCAGAAGUGUGCCGCAAGUCCCUGGUCUCUUGUCCAGCGAACGGAGGCUUGGAACUCUACCUGUUAGGGAAGAACUUUCUCAAAGAGACGCGCGUGGUCUUCAGCCAGAAGCAGGAAGGCCGCAGCGUGUGGGAGGAAGAGGUGGUACCUGACAAAGAGUUCUUGCAACAGACGCACCUAGUAUGCUGCGUGCCGCCAUACGCUCGCCAGGACAUCGGCGAGGCGGUAACGGUGCAGCUAUUCGUGCGGUCAGGCGGCAAGGCGUCCGAGCCACACGCCUUCUACUACACCCCUCGCACUGCCGGCCCGAUCCACUGCACGCGUCACGCACAAGGUGAGGAGAGGGAACGCGAACGCCCCCUAGUGGGUUGGGGAGGAAUGAUGCCCCCUCCGUCGUUACCCGUCCGCCGACCUUCGUUGCUGAUGCCCGAUCAUGAGCCCGUGGGGCUCAAAAGCGAGGUGGCGGACGAGUCGAGCCAGCACUCGCUGGAGCACGGCGAGUCGUCGUGCGGGCCGGACGGGCCCGAGCCGGCCGCGGGCCAGAUGCUCGCCGACGACCUCAAGGUCGUGGACCUCCGGCUGAAGUCCGAGACCAUCGCCAGGGACCCCCAGACUCAGGUGAGCUACGGCUACGACGCCAUAAAGAUGUCGCCGACUACCCCCGGGCAGAGCGAGCCGCCGUCGCCGCUGGCGUCGUUCACGCAGCAGCUGCAAGCCAUCCAGAACCAGGUGCAGACGGACAAGAUGGUGGAGACGGUGACCGCCGCGAUAUUCAACUCGGACGACAACGCGGGCCAGAUCUACCCGCCGAUGAUGCAGGCGAUGGACCCGAUGCGGCAGCUGAUUUCGGCGAAGACGCAGAUCGACAUCCAGCCCGACAUGAAGGUGUUGAAUCCCGAGCUGAUGAUCACGGACACGUCGAUGCAGGCCACGGUCAUGCCGCCCGAGCAACGCAUGAUGGUUUACAACACGGCGCGCCCGGACGAGACCUUCAACCCUUUCGGCGCCAUGACCAAGAUGGAGAUGGAGUCGAAUCAGAUCGAGAGGCGGCUGGCGCGGCAAAGCGCGCACAUGGAGGCCUUGGUAGAAGACGCCAUGAAGGUGUCGCCGAGCAUGCUGUGCGACAACAAUCAGCGCAUGGGUCUCCCCACGACGACGUCGCAGGAGGAGUUGAUGAUGCUGCCAGAACAGGUGCAGCUGACAUCGGUGAAGACGCCGCCCGCGGCCGUCAAGUCCAUGAUUCUCAACGCGGCGGCUGAAAUCCUGACGUCAGACACCACCAUGAAUGCACUCGUCACCUCCGCCAUCAACACGGCGAAUAUUCUCACGACGGGGACUGAGAACGCGGCUGGCGGCGUCAUGCAGACAACAGACGCGCAACCUCCCGCGGAGCAGCCGGGCGAGACUCCGCUCGUGGCCAUGUCUCAGGCAGUCUCACAGGCCGUGACGCAGGCAGUCUCGCAGGCCGUCUCGCAGGCUGUCUCGCAGGCUGUCUCCCAGGAGAUGACCGCGCCUGUACAGGGGCUCACCGAUAUGAGCGAUCAGGAUCUCCUCCAGUAUAUCAACCCCAGCACGUUUGAUACCGUGUGAGCGCCGCCUGCCCGGGUCGCUUAGUGCUAAAGACUAUGCCUAGUAGAAGCAUUUCAGUGCGGUGUUGUGGGCUCAAAGCAGAUUUUAUGUGAAUUUUUAAUGGAUGUUACUACCUGUUAUAGACUUAUGGAACUGUAGAACGUAUAAUCUCUGUUAGAUGAGUGAUUAUUCAGUUGUAUGUCUAUGAAUUUGUUUUAUGAUUCUCAUACAUAUAAAGUGUUUGUAUUAAGUAACGUAGGGACGUCAAUUAUUUCAUGAUGUGAGUCAGUAUUACAGGGCUAAAUUUACGCAUCUCGCACGGGGUUGCUACUACGACCAUUAAUAUCAAUGUUUACGACAUUCUUUUGAAAAGUAUUUCAACCCUGUGCAAAGAAAUAGAGGAAUGUAUUUUCGAAAAAUAUUAUCUUACGAACUCUUUUUUUAUUUACAAAAUAUAUGGAGACGUGUAUAAUCGUAAUAUUCUAUAUUUCGAAUUGUAUCUUGUAAAUAGAUAGCUUUGUAUUUAUGUUGUUUAGUGUUAGCGGUAAGAGGCAGUGGCUACGAUGGGUGGACAGUAAUGGUAUACAUAACUUGUAUUUAUUCUUAUUUCUCUCCUAUCCUUUUUUAAUUUCUUGCACAAAUAUUAUAAAAAAAUAUCAAACGGUGCUAACUGAUAACUUGUCACGUGCGUGCAAUUUUAUAUUUUUUCCUAAUAUUUCUAUACUUCUCUGUUCUUUCCUAAGUUUUUCGCCAGGGUCUAAUUUAUUAUUGUUCGAGCCUGCCGAAGCCACUGGACGUACUAUUAGACAAACUUCUAUUGCAACUCACAAUCAUAAAGAUGAGUCUCAUAUUUAUAGUCUUCAUUUCGUGGCCAUAGACACUUCAGAGCGAUACAGUCGUAAGCACAUCAACUUUCCAAAAAUUUACACUUUUCAAUUGAUUUUGAACCUUGAUGCAAUAGCAUAACGUUCAAAACCCAAUGCGCAAGUUGAUUUGCUAACGAACGUACAGUCAGCCGCAUUAAUAACUUCAAUUAAGUCUACUAUCACGUUUUUACGAAAUAUUAAUGAUAAUUAUCAUUUGAAUUGUAUAAACGACUGAUUUAUAACGUGAGUUGCAAAAGUCAAUUUAUUCGUUGUAUAAUAUGAUUGUGAUAUAUAAAAUAUUAUUACUGUUCGCAUAGUAGCUAAUUUUAUAUGUUUAAGAAAAACUGUACUGAUGUGAUGUUAGAGCAAAGAUUUAUAUAAAAGUAUGUUAAACGUUAUUAUAAUGAAGUUCAUUUUUUAUAGGAAAAAAUCGAAUGCUACAUAUUUAAAUGUGCCAUUUACUACGUAUAAUCCUAGAAUAGAUGUUAUGUCAAAUCAUAUCGUACAAAGUAUCACGGACAUAUGAUUUUUGGCCGACAUCCGACCGGCAAAUGCGUGCCUUGAAAGUACUAUCCCCGACCACAAUUAUCUAUUAAAUAUACAGUAUUUAAAUCAGGGACCACAUUGAACGAAACAUUUGUACUAACUUCUUCAUUAAUAGGAACAAGCCAAAUACAUGCCUACUGGUGAAUUAUUAGCAUGUAACGGUCUACUGACCAAUGACGAAUGAUCUUAGUAAAGAUAAAUACAAUUCGGCGAUGUCUAAAGGUACAGUCAGGCACGUAUUAUGGAACGACACUCAAUACUCGAUUCAAACUAGCCUAAAUUCAAGCCUGUAAUUUAAUUUCUACCAACCACAGGCUUCAAUCCUACAUUUUGAGUCGUUCCAUAAUACGACCCUAAAAGCGUAGAUUACUUUUCGAUAUUUAUUAUUUAUUUAUUCGAAUCCAUUUGCUAGUGCAUUUUACUAUUAUUUAAUAAUUAUUUUUAGUUACAUUAUGUAUCCAACUGUAGCGCUAGACGUAUUAGCGCAUCUUCGAUGUAGUUGAACCAUGUUUCAAAUAAACGAAUUUAGAUAUGUUACAAAAACAUACAUCACAAUAUAGUAAGUUAGUCUUCCUCGCAUAAUAUAGAACAUGAUUAUCUUGAAAAAAAUUACUGCCUGGCGACUGGUGUGUAUUAAAAAAUUAUUUUUGUAAAACAACAUGAUUUUUAUUAUAAUAGUUUUUAAACAACUUUUAGUUAUACAAAGAAUAGAUUUUAUUGAAUUUGUAUUUAUACGAAUAUACAUUUUGAUAUGUUUACGCUGUAGUCUUCAGAAUAAUAUAUUUUGAUAAUUUUGUUUAGAAUUUUGAUAAAAAUAUUUAAAAGAGACCAUAGAAUAGCAUUAUAUUUGUAUGAUGUAAAUAAAUGAGGUUAUAGUGCGACAAUGUAAAUUUUUGUUGAAAUUUAACUUUAUUUUAUCUGUGGAACCGCACAAUGACUUUGGAAUAGUUAAGUUGAAUCAUUUACCGUCCAUUAGAAAUUACCAAAUUGUUUGCGACCUCUCAUUUGUAUAAAAUAUUUCAUUGUGAAGACAAUGUGAACAUAGCUAAAUCAAUUCGAAGAAAUAAAAAAAAAAUGUAAUGAUAUUCUUUAAUCAGGUCGUUAUAAUAUAAAUGUUUUGGUCCUUAAGACAAGGCAAUAAGGUUCAAUCUACCACUGCCCGUUUUAAGGAAAUAUCAUAGACAAUGUACAGUACACACAUAAAAUAUCAUAAUGUAUAACAACGUGCCAGUAAUCAUUCCUUUUAUUAUUUAUUUUCAUGGAAUUGUGCAAGGUAAAACUAAAUUGACUCUCCAAGUGAUAGUUACUUGUGUUUUAUAUUUAGACGCGAGAGGAGCCAUCGGCUGACGACAUCAUUUACAUGGUGUGUCGUGUCUUUGCUAUUUCGCCAACUUUAUCUUUACUAUGACUGAACAUAGCAUGUCAAAAAGCCUAUGUUUAUUGCAAAAAGGCUACUAAUAUACAUACAACGAGUGUAAUUUUAUUAAAUGUAGUGUAUACUUGUUAGUGUAUUUAUGACCUUAUUUUGAAUAACUUACAAAAUCGUGUUUAAUAUUCCCGACACUAUUUAGUGGGCUCUUUAUGCUGCCGGCUGUACAAUGAGGAUGUAUUGUGUAUGGUGUAUGAGGACAUUUGUAUGUACUAUUGUAUAGAUCUCUAGUCGAUCUAAAUCAUUCAAUGCAACUUGCCGAGAGGUUAUAAUGAAGAUUAUGUAUGUUAUUUGUUUUAAUGUAAGUAAUUAAUUAAAUGUUAUGAAAAAUAA